AUGACGGAAGGAAGGUUCAGCCAAUGUUUAAGUUGUGUCACACCUCCAUUAGAUUGUCCAAAUGAAAAUAACUUUUGGUUGUAUACGAGAGCAAACCCGGAGAAUCCUUAUGAAGUUAAACCAUUGAAUAUUGAAUCAAUACAGUCAGCUCCAUGGGUCAAAGACGCGCAGGUUAAGAUAUUAAUCCACGGGUACACAGGGCAUAAGGAUUUCUCGCCAAACACUGAAAUUCGCCCGGCUUACUUGAAUUGCUGCGAUUAUAACAUCAUCACUAUCGACUACAGCCCAAUAGCUCGAGAGCCAUGUUACUUGGAGUCUGCGCGAAACACCGAAAUUGUUGGUAAAUGUACAGCCCAGUUCAUUGACGACCUGGUCAAAACCCAUAAUUUCAACUUGGACAAGUUCCACCUCAUCGGCUUUAGUCUUGGAGCUCAGAUCGCGGGUUUUGUAGGAAAUUAUUUAACAUCGGGUCUAUUGGGCAGAAUUUCUGGAUUGGAUCCAGCAAUGCCCUUAUUCGUCACAACUGACAUCACAAAAAAAUUGGACAUAUCCGAUGCCCAAUUUGUAGACAUUCUUCACACAAAUGCACUUGAAAAAGGAAAACUUGAAGCCAGUGGCCAUGUCGACUUCUAUGCGAAUGGUGGAAUGUCACAACCAGGCUGCAAAGCAUCUGCCGAACAGACAAAGUCCGGCUGCGAUCAUGCUCGAGCUCCUGUUUAUUUCGCGGAGUCCAUUCUUACUGAUAGGUUUUACGCAACUAAAUGUGCGUCUUGGAUUACCUACAUUAUUGGCUGGUGUGAACUUAAUACAGAUGACAACAUGCUAUAUGGAGAACAUGUGCCUAGAACGGCUUAUGGGAUGUACUUUUUCUUUACAAAUUCGGAACCACCUUACGCACGCGGCCAUGAAAAGAGACUAACUAGAGACGCCGAAAUUGAAUUAGCAAAUGAGACUAAUAAAAGUAUUGAAUAUAUUUAUUAAAA